AUGUUGCUUAUUAAUGAAAAUAUAUGCAAUUACUCUUAUUCGGAUGAAGUUUCUGAAGUGUUAUUAUCAAAAUACGUCAUCGUUUCUUUUCAAAGAAGGAAAAACGAUUUUCCACCAAGAAAUGAAAUGUCAGAUAUGAAAAUGUUCUUGAAUAAUUCUGCAUUCAAAAACCAUAUUAAAGGUUCUCAAAAUGAAAUGACUGGAAUAAAUCUUAGUGAUCAGUUAGCGGAAGAAGAAGCCUUGUGUUUGCAGUAG